AUGAUGACAACACAAAUGACAAGUGUUCAUAUCCUUCUCGUUGAUUUUUAUCAAGUUUCCACUCACAAUCAUCCUUUGAACAUGCAAGCAGUGUUGAAAAAGAAAUUUUCAUUACAACAAUUGGGAAAGAAGAAAUGGCUUUUGAAUCGGGAAUUGAAAUAUCAACAUUUCUUUCCUGUUGAGUUUAUGAAUGAUCGUGAAUUUGUGUUGAAUCAUUUCAAAAAGUAUGGAUAUGGAUUGCGAUUUGCAUCCACACAAUUACAAAAAGAUCACGGAUUUGCUCUAUACGAUGAGUACAGAUUACUGUGUCCAUACUUUCGCGAUGAUUAUAAAGAAGUGUUAUUGACGGCCAUAAAAACAGAUGUUUUUCCAAAAAAGCCUCUUGAAAACAGGGAAUUCGUGUUGGGAGUUGUGAGACAGAAUGGAAUGGCCCUUGAGUGCGACAGUAACGCUCUAUAUGACAGGGAGAUUGUGUUGGCUGCUGUCAAACAAAAUGGGAAUGCAUUGAAAUUUGUAAAUGACAGCUUUGAUUGGUAUGAAACAGUUGCAUUGGAAGCAAUCCAACAAAAUAAGAAUGCACUUCGAUAUGUUUCCAAAGAUUUUCUUCAAAAUCAAGAUUUCAUGUUACAAGCUCUCAAAUUAAUAUUUCCAGAUGAGUUUGAAACCUCAUGCUCUUUUGAUUAUUCAUCGAAAGAAAUCAUGCUAAGAGUAGUUCAAGAAUUUGGAUUUUUACUUGAAUUUGUGUCAAGUGAACUCAAACGUGAUCGAGAUGUUGUUUUGAGUGCAGUUAAAAAUCAUGGUCGUUCGUUGGGAUUUGCAUCAGAUGAUUUGAGAAAUGACAAAGAAAUUGCAUUAAUUGCUGUUCAACAAGAUGGUUGGUCAUUGAGAUAUGUUUCUUCAGAUUUGAAAGGAGAUCAACAAGUGGUGUUGGCUGCUGUAACCCGUUGUGGACGUGCUCUUCUACAUGCAUCAGAAGAAUUGCAAAAUGAUCGAGAAGUAGUCUUGACUGCAGUAACUCAAGAUGGAUACUCAUUGCAUUUUGCUUCAAAUGAGAUGAAGAAAGACAGACAAUUGGUCUUGACUGCAGUAAGUCACGAUAGAUAUUCAUUGCGUGUUGCUUUGGAUGAGAUGAAGAACGACAGACAAGUGGUUUUGGCAGCUGUAACCAAAAACGGAAAUCGUCUUGAAUAUGCACCAAAAGAGUUGAAGAAUGAUCGAGAGGUGGUCUUGACUGCAGUAACUCAAGAUGGAGAGUCAUUACACUUUGCUUCCAAUGAGUUGAAGAAUGAUCGAGAGGUGGUCUUGACUGCAGUAACUCAAAAUGGAGAGUCAUUACGUUUUGCUUCCAAUGAGUUGAAGAAUGAUCGAGAAGUAGUCUUGAGUGCAGUAACUCAAAAUGGAGAGUCAUUAUGUUUUGCUUCCAAUGAGAUGAAGAAAGAUAGACAAGUGGUUUUGACAGCUUUAAAACAACACCAAGGAGCCUUCAGGUAUUCACGUUACGAUUGGUCAAGUGAUCCAGAAACUUGGUUCGAAAUCAUCCAACUAGGUGGGACUUAUUUGCAAAGUACUUCUAAGGAGUUAUUGAUUGACCAUCAAUUCUUGUUGAAAAUUGCAAAGCUUGUCGGUCAUCCUCUUUUGAGUUUGAUACCAAAUGAAAUUACCAAUGAUCAUGAAUUUAUGGUGAAAUUAACAGAGGAAAUCAAAAGUUCUGGAUCUGUUUCCGAGUAUAGUGAUGAAUUGUAUCAAGAAAGAAUGGAACACUUUUAUUAUGGAGUGUAUUUGGGGUCUAGUUUGGAACAGAGGAAUCAUUAG